UCAUCCGUUGAUAGCUUUGAGUUUCUUUUUCGGGACUAUCGCGCUCUGGACGGCUCUGGCGCUGGCGCUCGUGCUCCCAUCUUGAUACUGUGGUCAUUGUGUGCUGACUGCGUUUUAUUUAGUGGCUAUUGAAGAUUUGGAUUAGGAUUUCAUUUCUUCCGGUUGGCUAGCAUCUUCAUUGGUAAUCUCUUCAUGGUGGUGUUUUUGUGUUGAUUAGAAGAGGGAAUGAGAAGUAUGAACAUGUGUGGAGCACUUCCAACAUAAGGAGACAGUUGGAUUUCUCCUUGAAGAUUUUGUGUUCUCAUGGGGUCCUCUCCUUAAAGACCUAUCACAAGUUGACGAUAGUGGCCUGCAAAAAUCAAACAGAUUGGUGAUAAAUCAAUGAUAAUGAAAAUCACUAGGGAUGGUUCAAAACCUUGACGUCUCGGUGGCAUAUUAGACAAUGCAACAGAUUAGAUAUAAAGCUUAAAAGUAUGGAUCCGGAGGCUGCUCGAGCUGCACGAGAAUCUCUAGACCUGGCGUUCCAUAUGUCCAAUAUACUUGACACAGGUCUAGACCGACACACACUUUCGGUUCUAAUUGCACUUUGUGAUCUUGGAGUCAAUCCUGAAGCACUUGCUGCUGUUGUCAAGGAACUAAGAAAAGAGAAGCCCUCGUUAUCAUCAUCACUUCCCGAGGCUCCUUCUUCUUUUCCAUAAAUAAAUGGAUAUUUUUGUUAUAUGUGUGCUUAAGUUCUUUGAUCCAUCCAUUUUUGUGUGUUCCUCAUCCGUUCCUUGAAUUUCUUGUUCAUCGAAUUGGGGUAGUGUCAUUGUUUUAGUACAAGGGUGAUGCGUUGCAAAUAGAACGUCAUUUGAAGGUUUAUCUUUGAGAUUAAAUUUUCACUUGGCUAAAAGAGUGACCACCAUUCAUGCACUUGACAUUCCAUUUUCUGGAGCAACCUUGAACGAUUCACAAAAAAAACAAGCAUAACGUGGUAAGUCAGCUCCUUUUUUCUUUUUCUUUUUUA